CUCUCAGGCUAGGCCAGAAAAGAGGCGGAACUCCGUGAUGCGGGGGCGGUUUCCACGCCGGAUCGAAAAGCGGAGUGCACCGAGUGUCGCGGGAGCAGCGCCUCGGUCCCCUGCUCCCGCGACAUGGCCUUCAACUUUGGGGCCCCCUCGGGCACCUCGGGCACCGCUGCAGCCACCGCGGCCCCCGCGGGAUUUGGUGGGCUUGAGACUGCCAACUCCACCGCCAGUGGGUUUAAUUUUGGGGGUUUCGGAUUAACUGCUAAUCCCGCAGUGAACUUUAAUAUUGGGAAUUUCGGUGUUUCUACUACCUCGGCGACUCCGUUCAAUUUUGGUAACAGUCUGGCAAGUGCAGGUGGGUUUGGAGGAUUUGGGACAACAUCUACAACAGCAGGUUCUGCGUUCAGCUUUUCUGCUCCAGCUAACACAGGCACUACUGGACUCUUUGGUGGUACUCAGAACAAAGGCUUUGGAUUUGGUACUGGUUUUGGCACAACAACUGGAACUAGUACUGGUUUAGGUACUGGUUUAGGAAGUGGACUGGGAUUUGGAGGAUUUAAUACACAGCAGCAGCAGCAAACUACAUUGGGUGGUCUCUUCAGUCAGCCUACACAAGCUCCUACCCAGUCCAACCAACUGAUAAAUACUGCAAGUGCUCUUUCUGCUCCAACACUACUGGGAGAUGAGAGAGAUGCUAUUUUGGCAAAAUGGAAUCAACUGCAGGCCUUUUGGGGAACAGGAAAAGGAUAUUUCAACAAUAACAUUCCACCAGUGGAAUUCACACAAGAAAAUCCCUUUUGCCGAUUUAAGGCAGUAGGUUAUAGCUGUAUGCCCAAUAAUAAAGAUGAAGACGGGCUAGUGGUUUUAGUUUUCAACAAAAAAGAAACAGAUAUUCGAAGCCAGCAACAGCAAUUGGUAGAAUCAUUGCAUAAAGUUUUGGGAGGAAACCAGACCCUUACUGUAAAUGUAGAGGGUAUUAAAACGUUGCCAGAUGAUCAGACAGAAGUUGUCAUUUAUGUUGUUGAGCGUUCUCCAAAUGGUACUUCAAGAAGAGUUCCAGCUACAACACUAUAUGCCCAUUUCGAACAAAAUAAUAUAAAAACACAAUUGCAGCAACUUGGUGUAACCCUUUCUAUGACUAGAACAGAACUUUCUCCUGCACAAAUCAAACAGCUUUUACAGAAUCCUCCUGCCGGUGUUGAUCCUAUUAUUUGGGAACAAGCCAAGGUGGAUAAUCCUGAUUCUGAAAAGUUAAUUCCUGUACCAAUGGUGGGUUUCAAAGAACUUCUUCGAAGACUGAAAGUUCAAGAUCAGAUGACUAAGCAGCAUCAGACCAGAUUAGAUAUCAUAUCUGAAGAUAUUAGUGAAUUACAGAAGAAUCAAACUACAACUAUGGCCAAAAUUGCACAAUACAAGAGGAAACUCAUGGACCUUUCCCAUAGGACCUUACAGGUCCUAAUCAAACAGGAAAUUCAGAGGAAAAGUGGAUAUGCCAUCCAAGCUGAUGAAGAGCAGCUGCGAGUUCAGCUAGAUACAAUUCAGUGUGAACUGAACGCACCUACUCAGUUUAAGGGCCGACUAAAUGAACUGAUGUCCCAAAUCAGGAUGCAGAAUCAUUUUGGAGCAGUCAAAUCUGAAGAAAGAUAUUACAUAGAUGCAGAUCUGUUACGAGAAAUCAAACAACAUUUGAAACAACAACAGGAAGGCCUUAGCCACUUGAUUAGCAUCAUAAAAGAUGAUCUAGAAGAUAUAAAGUUGGUAGAACAUGGAUUGAAUGAAACCAUCCACAUCAGAGGUGGUGUUUUUAGUUGACGGUUCACAAACUUGUGUUCAAGGUUUGUGAAAUGUAUCUUCCUGCUACAUUAGGCCUUCCUUAAGAAUGAAACUGACUACCUGGAGGAAAAAUAAAAAGAAAACAAUCCUCUCCUGGCUUGGUUUUUGAGAAGGUUACUGAAAAAUUCUUGUUCAUCAAAUCUGAAAUAAGUCACUUCACAGCUCUUCAAAGAUAGCCUUUGCAAGAUUUAUAUCUAAAAGCUGUGUUAACUUUAAAAGAGAAAUACAUAAUUACCAAAAAUACGUACUAUUGUACAUUUUUACAACAGCAUUGUUCUUAAAAAUAAUGUGUCUAAUGAUUACUCUCUAUUGAGCCUGUACUCUGCUUUCCAUAGCAAGUAAAUAUGAAAUAUCUGCUUUGCACAUAACAAAAUAAACUGUUUAAUUACUUGGCUGUUGGAGAUUUGUACCAGAAUGUAAAUGUACAUCAGUUUUUAUAUUUGUGAAUUCAUAUGUGGGAGGAGUAAAGAAAAUCCAAGAGUAUUUAAUGAUUAAUGUGGUUUUUCUUUCCAUUCUAUAAAGAUUUGAAAAUAUAUUUUUAUAUUAUUUUACUUAUUUGGAAUUUACAGAACACAUCUAAGCAAUUAGGAUAUAACAAAAUUACACUGUCAUUUUUGCAACUUUUUUGUUUUUUAAACCUUUUUAUUUGUAAAAAAGAUGAAAACUUUAAAUAAAUUCUUGAUUGUAAUUACUU